AUGUCGAAUCCCCCCCCAGUCAGAGUGCCAUGCACCUUUCCCCAGUGCACCCGCUACUUCAACUCGACCAAGGAAAUGACCCGACACAAAAUAUUCGACCCCGAACACGAAUACUGCCCGAAAUGCGACGAGGACUUCCAAACCGAGGAGCAGCUCCUGAUCCACAAGAUCAAAAGCAACAAACACAUCGUCUGUCCUGUGUGCGGCCAUGAAUUCGGCAGCGAAGGCGGGCGGGACAGUCAUAUUCGCCAGCAACACCGCUCCGGACAAAACCUCACGUGCCCCGGAUGCAAGGCCAAAUUCAAAAGCGCCGCCGGUCUCUUUCGCCAUAUCGAGGAAAACGAAUGUCCCGAGAUUUCCAAGGAUAUGCUCCUCCUUGAACAGUCCCGGAAGCUCCUGAUGAAGGAGGCACUGGGGCUGGAAACCGACUCGCCGCUGUCUCCAUUGCUUCCGGAUUUAACUCACGACCUGGAGGAGGAGGAGGAGGAGGCGGAGGGGCAUGUGGGCGGGGUCAAGAUUUCCAUCGGCGAUGUGAACUGCGAGGCUAUGGCGAAUCAGCCGCGGCCCGGACAGGUCGAUCUUGCAGAUAGGUUGUCGGCUGUGUUGACGCUCAAGCACUGGCCGGCACUGAGCGAGGCGGAAAAGAGAGGGAAAGGGAAAGGGGACAGCAGGGCUGCGGCGCUGGGAGCGGGUGACUUGUUGGCGUUCCCGGGCCUCUCCGUGAAUGAUGACGCGAAGGAACACGGCGCCUGGAAGGGGAAGGGACGCGCUCCAUCUGUUGUGGGCUCGGAGAUAACCUAUGGUCCCUCCUGCUCGGGCGAUGCGGCGGCGGCUGUGAAUUCGAAGGCUGGGAGCUCCGACCUGGCGAGGUUUUUCAACGCGUUUAGUGGGAAAUAUAUCUGUCGUUGCAAGAUGGAGUUUGAGACCGCCCUGGACUUUGAGGCGCAUGUCUUGGCCUCCAGCAAGGGCAAUCGCAGAGUGCAGUGCCCUGGAUGUCUGCGGGUCUUUAAGACGACUGCCGCGCUGAUCGCCCACUGCGAGUCGGCCACCACGCGAUGCGAUAUCAACCAGGAUAACAAGUACGCGCAGAUGAUCGACGAAGUGACCGGUGGAUUUAUCCAAAUGGCCGGGUACAACGAAGACGGCACGAUGAAGUACGAGGCCGGCGCGCUGGAUCUUCCCAAGACGACCAGAAUCGGCACCGACUUGCGGCAGGUGAACUGGUGAUUUUUUUUUUUUUUU